UGUUUACCAGUAAUUUAUUAUAAUAUUUCACCUGAAUCAGUCCAUUCAGGCUGUAAUUAAAUAUUAGCGCCAUCGUGGAACAGUUAUGUGAAGGAGGCAUCCAAGCUUCUCAAGUAUUCCCACAUAUGACAUGCGCCCAUAAGGUCUCAGUCUAACCUUGAGCACAAAUGCAAAAGAUCAUCCUCAUCUGCGUUAUCAAUAGUCUGCAUCAUCGCUCAUCUUCCCUCAUCAUUUUCCGCACCUUCUCCCUCCCUCCUUGUCUGUCCAUCUCCUCCCUCUGCGCCUUUUUACGCACAAAACAAGUCAGAGCGCACACACGGCCGGUGGAGAAAACAGGAGAGACAAUAGACAAUAGUUUGGGUCACCAUGGUAUUUGGAUUUUUACCGUAGGCAAGAUGCACGCUGGACUGUGAGACACAGGUGAACGAUCUGUAAACGCAUAUGUUCAUUUACCGGGCGAAAGUGUAUCCACGUUUUAAUGUUGCCAACCGAGAUUUCAGGAGGAGUGUGUUUCACCUCAAGCGAUCACACGGAGGGAAGGAGAGAAGGGAUGAAAACAGAGGAGAGCCAGCAGUCCUGUCUGCAGCAGCCUCCAUCCUCAACGCCUUUCGGUCCGGAGUACAGGGGAGGAGGAGAGGUGUGCGCAGGCUGCGAGUCUCCCAUCGCCGACCGCUUCCUUCUACGCGUGAACGAGCGCUCUUGGCACGAGACCUGCGUCAAAUGCGCCGUGUGUUUGAGCGCGCUCACCGGGACCUGUUACUGCAGGGACCGCCUGCUGUACUGCAAGCACGACUAUGAGAAGCUGUUUGUGAGGAAGUGCAGCGCCUGCCUGCAGGUGAUCGGGCGUUCCGAGCUGAUAAUGCGAGUGCUAGGCCAGGUGUACCACCUGGGCUGCUUUAGCUGCUGCGAGUGUGAGCGCCGGCUGCAGCGCGGUGAUGAGUUCGUGUUGAAAGAGGGCCAGCUGCUCUGCCGCAUGGACUAUGAGAAAGAGAGGGAAAUGCUGGCUGCUAUCAGUCCUACUCCUACUGAAUCGGUAAAAAGCGAGGAUGAGGAUGGUGGUGGGGGCUCUGGUGGGGGAAAAGGUGCUGAUGAAGGGAAGGAGCACAAGCGCUCAAAGCGGCCACGUACCAUUUUGACCACGCAACAGCGCCGCGCUUUCAAGGCCUCCUUUGAAGUGUCUGCUAAGCCUUGCCGCAAGGUGAGAGAGACACUGGCUGCGGAGACUGGACUCACGGUUCGGGUUGUGCAGGUGUGGUUUCAAAACCAGAGAGCAAAGAUGAAAAAGAUCGCUCGCCGUCAGCAGCAACAGCAGCAGCAGCAGCAGGAGCAGGAGCAAUUGGGGGGGAGCAGAAGAGGACCGAGCAGGGGGGGCCGCCAGAGCAAUGAUGACAGUGAAGAUGGAUCUAGCACCCAUGGCAUGGAUAUUCUGGGAUAUCCGUCUCUGCCUCGCCAGCAGCUACUCGCUCUGGACCCUAACAUCUACAGUGGGGAGCCAUUUAGACAUGGGUUGACGCCACCUCAGCUGAGCAAUGAGCAACUUCACUCCUACGUGUCGUUGUUUUUCACUGCAGAUUCAGAGACAGUGUUUCACGACCUGGACAGCGAUGGAAGCCUUGGUCACCUUGGCGACUGCCUCCUAGCAACGGGAGACAGCGGCCUCCUCCCAGCACGUGUGGGAAACCCCAUUGAUCGCCUGUACUCCAUGCAGAACUCCUACUUUACCUCCUGACCCUUAUAAACUCUCACCCUUUUCGCGUAUAGUUUCACCUUUCACCUUAGAAAUGCAGCUAACGAAGUCUUUCAAUUGACAUGCCUGUGGGACCCCUCUCUAUAAGACAGCAAACAUCCAAACACACAAAACCAACAAGAGCCAGGCAUAGCUCUUCUAUCAUUUUGAAGACAAUUUGCAUAAUAUCCCAUCGUUCCAAGAUAAGAUAAUCUCAUGCUGGAAAUACAGACACUGUAAAUGUCCAAGAUAUGCUAAAGGACCUCAAUUUUUCUUGUUGUAUUUAUGUGAUGUUCAGUGAAACACAACUCAUGGCACUUUCCACCAAAAAAAAACAAAAUACACAAACAGAUUAUGUACAUGACGAAAUGUAAACAAUAACUGCUUGUUAAAAGAUAAUUCACCAAUCAAGUUAAUUAUUAGUUACGUAUUAAGAAGCUGUGGCAGGUUCUGUGGACAGCCCAGGGUCUAAAUUAAUUUGAAAUAUUGCAUUUGAAACUUUUUUUGAUGAAACUAAUCACUUGUGCUUGAAAGACUGCAGCAUAUUAAACACUGUAUAUUGAUUGGAGUACAAUUUUGCACUCAGGUUGGUGUGUGUAUGUUUAUGUAACCUGAAGUAUAACUCAGGAUUUUGUGAUGAUUAGGAUUACAAGUUAACUCGACUUCAAGAUCCUACAUUAUACUGUAAAGAAAGAAACUCAAUGUAAAACGACAAUUUCAAACUGCAUUUAUCAUGAAGCAAAUACAUUUUUUAACAUCUAGACAACACUACAGAGUCAUUUGAAAAGCCUUUUGCGGAAACAGGGUUGUAUAGGUUAUUUCUGCUUUAGCUCUCCUUUUUGUUUUAAUGUGAUCAAUAAAAAGCAGUGCAGUAAAGGACAACCAAUAGAUUCAUAAUGUCCAAAACUUAGAACACUGGAUACAUGAUGAUUAUGUAAAUGUGAGUAUGACUGUGUUACAAUUAAUUGUAGUCACUUUCUGUAAUAAUUUGUUUCUCAAACAUCUCAAAUUAGAUGUUGUAAGGUAGAUAUUUCGUACCUUCUUCUGUGAUAAUCAGCAAAUAUGUAAACUGUAGCAUGAUAUUUAUGUGUCACAAAGUAGGUCUAAGGACAUAGCCUCUAAACUAAAGUUGCAUAGCAAGUGUUUCUAGAGAGCAUCAGGAUCCAGCACACAUCUUUGUGCAGAACAACAGGAUAGAGUGUUUUAUUUAGGUGCCUGUAAUUGGGUACAGCUUGUGACAUUUAUUCAAACACUGAUCACCGACUCAUAGUAUUUUUACAGUGCUAUUUUUGUGAAUGUAACUUAUUUGUGUGGUAUUAGAUGAGCUCCUAUCUUACUUUUUAUGUUCAGUGACUGCCAGGUGACGUGAUUUGAAUGUAAUGUUUCCGUAUCUUCAAUACAAUCUUUGGUUUCAUCUUUA